CAUAAAAUGCGCCAUUAGUUUUCUUGCUUUGGUAUUUCAGUUAAAAAAGUAAUAACAUUUAUCAUAUGUGCUAAUAGGAAAUAGACUAGUUUGAUAACAUUAUACAGUUUGUGGGUUACCUUUUAAAUCUAUAUUUUUGUAACUUACAGAUGAAAUGUAAUUAGGUUUAACAAAUAUGACAGUGAAGUGUUUAUUGCUCGUUCUUUUUAAGGUGAUUUAUGCUGUCAUAGAUUUUGGAGCUUUAGAAUUUAAUCUUUGUUAUUCUGGGGACAAUAAAUUUUCUGUUUUGGUUGGAAGGACAAUAGAACAAUGUAUGGAUGAAUGUAUUGCCCGAGAAUAUUGUAAAGCAUUGAAUUUUAGGACGAAAAUGAAGAUUUGUGAACUAUUUGCAACAACAAGUUCAGAAGACUUUAGCCCUGGAGAAUGUCUUUAUGCUGACAAAACAAACCUUCAACCUUCAUCUACACAGAAUGUCUGCAAAAGGGGAGAAGUUCAAAAAACUAGUGGCUGUGUUAUAAAGGAAUGUAUAAACAUAACCAUCCCUGAACAUGGAAGCGUCCUUGGCAACAUGAGGAAUGUUGGGAAAGAUAUCAGGUACAAAUGUGAACACGGAUAUAAAGUAAAGGACAAUGUACCUACACCUGUUGCUGAAUGUCUGGAUACAGGACUUUGGAGCGUCAAUGUUGAAUGCGUUAAAAUGGCAUACACAUGGGCAACCUGGACUGCCUGGAGUCAAUGUAGCGUCUCUUGUGGUGGCGGUCAAAGAACAAGGACAAGGUCAUGUACCAUUCCUAUACAAGGCAUUGGUGAUGUUCAAUGUCUACAAGAUGAUCCGGUAAAUCAUCCGGGCAUUGAAUCAGAGACAUGCAACCACCCAACUUGUGAAGCCCCGACCAUAGGCAAGCUUUGUACGGUAGAUGCGGACUGUAUAGAGACUGAAGGCAUGUGCAUUGGAGGGAGAUGUUUCUGCAACGCCUUGUACCGAUAUAGCGUGUCCUUACAAAAUUGAAUUAAGGUGUGUGACUCUCUGACAGAUGAAUUUGAUGUGUUUCAACAUUUUGCUAUUGCUGGUUACAAUGACAUACAUCACGAGAUGCCAGCUGCCAGCAUUGACACGUGUAUCAAGGCAUGCAUCAGCAUGGCAAACUGUCUUUCCUUUGACAGUUAUAGUAAAUCUGGAAUUCUGUACUGUAACCUAUCACAAGUGUCACGUGACAUGAUACUGGAUGCAUUACCAGAAAAUCUUAUUGAUUAUCAAGUGUCUUCAAUUUAUACAAGAAAAUGUAAAUAAAUGUCCACAUGUGUAAAACUGUUCAAAAACAUGGCAUUGAGCUUUCACUGGUAGUAUAUACUUAUUUUGAAAUGAUAAAUGUCAAGAUCAUUGUUUCUCUUCAUUCGUUUAAUUUAAACAUUUUUUAUUGUGUAUAUAUACAUACAUUGUACGUAAAAUUGCACAAUACUACACAAUUAUACAUAAAACAUUAAUGUUAAUAUAUUGGGCCAAAUAUUACAACAACAUUAUCGAAGUCCCUCGCCUUUUCUCUUUAUUAUCAGGUCUGACAGAAGCAACCGAUUAUGUAAGUUAUGCUCGUAUAAGUAUUAUAUAAUAAAAUUGUGAAAUAAUAUUAUGUAUUAAAUACAAUAUCUCAUGCAAUAAUAAGAAGAUCUAUGAGUAUAACCGAUCGGAAUGUAUGUCUUGUUUGU